AUGAGUGGUAGUAGUAUGUCACUGCCUCUGGCCGUGGUGCUGGUGCUCCUAUCUGUGCUGCUGGCUGGAUCCAGCCAUGCAGGACCUGAGAUGGACCCAUACAAAACCCUAGGAGUAACCAGGAUCGCAAGCCAGGCAGAGAUCAAGAAGGUUUAUAAGCGUCUUGCAAAAGAAUGGCAUCCUGACAAAAACAAAAAUCCAGGCGCUGAGGACAUGUUUAUUAGGAUUACCAAAUCCUAUGAAAUCCUGUCCAACGAGGACAAACGAGCCAUUUACGACCGCUACGGGCAAACGGACGACAGCCAGCCAUACGGCGGCGGUCGCUACGGCCAGCGCCAAGACAGCUUCUACUUUGAUGAAUCCUUCUUCAACUUCCCGUUCAACAGCAAGACCCACAGAGAUUUUGGUGACAGCAGGUUCGCGCUGCACUUCAACCAGUAUGUCAACGAGUUGGUGCCGGACAGCUACAGGAGGCCCUACCUGAUAAAGAUCACCUCUGACUGGUGCUUCAGCUGCAUCCAUAUUGAGCCAGUCUGGAAGGAGGUGGUGCAGGAGAUGGAGAGUCUAGGUGUUGGAAUUGGCGUGGUUGAUGUUGGCUAUGAGAGGCGGUUAGCUAAUCACCUCGGGGCUCACCGCACCCCGUCCAUACUUGGCGUUAUUAAUGGCAAAGUGACGUUUUUCCAUUUUGCCGUAGCAAAGGAACACCUCAGGCAAUUUGUUGAAGACCUUCUUCCUCAAAAACUCGUGGAUCGGGUCACUGACAAAAACGAGCAGCAGUUUUUGAACAGCUGGCACGAUCUCAACAAGCCGCACGUGCUUCUGUUUGACCAAGUGCCCUCGGUUCCUCUGCUGUACAAACUGGCAGCUUUUGCUUACAAGGACUACUUGCAGUUUGGUUAUGUGGAUCAGGGUCUUUUAGAGACUGCUGACCUACAGAAACGCUUUAACAUCAACACCUACGCUCCGACCGUGCUGGUGUUUAAGGAGAACAUCAGCAAACCGGCUGAUAUUAUACAGGCCAAAGGAAUGAAAAAACAAAUCAUUGACGAGUUCAUGUCAAACAACAAGUUCCUCCUGGCGCCGCGGCUCGUCAAUCAGAAGUUCUUUGACGAGCUCUGUCCGGUCAAACAGUUUCACCGGCGCAGGAAGUACUGCGUCCUGCUGAUCACAGGCGAUGAGGAGACUUUUUCUUCUGGGAAUCAGGCGUUUCUCUCGUUUGCAUCUUUCAACACCAAGGAGGUUGUGAGGUUUGCGUACGUGUACCAGCGGCUGCAGCAACCACUUUGUGACGUCCUCAUGGACAGCAAGGACGGCUCACUGUCAACACCACAGGUGGUGAUCCUGGAGAGGCGUAACGCAGCUGGGAAGACAUUGUUCAAACCGGUUACCAGCUGGGACGGCAGCGAGGAAGACAGGCAGCGUCUUCAGGCGGAGCUGGAGCGUCUUCAGAAGGACCCGUCCAUCCUCGUGCACGACGCGGUGCUGCCUGAACUCAACGACGAGUUUGCCUCGAUAUUUGUUAUCCGGUGGGUCUACGCUUCAUAUGAUUACCUCUCUGAAGUCGUUGAUGAUAUUCUCCAUAACAACUGGCGAGAGAUGAUGCCUCUUCUGUCCCUCAUCUUCUCUGCUUUGUUCAUCUUGUUUGGGACGGUGGUCAUCCAGGCCUUCAGUGACUCAAGUGAUGAAAAACAAGUGAAACCAACAUCAAAAGAAGCAGAAAAUGGAUCCUCUGAGACCAUCAGUACCUCGAGUCGGCCUCCUAAAAAGAAUUUUGUGGAGGUGACGGAGCUGACGGACAUCACCUACAUGAGCAACCUGGUGAAGCUGAGGCCAGGACACAUGAACAUAGUCCUCGUUCUCACCGACGCCUCCAAGAACCUCCUUCUGAGCAAGUUCGCCAAGGAGGUCUACUCCUUCACGGGGAGUCUGACGCUGCACUUCUCCUUCCUGAACCUGGACAAGCACAGCAAGUGGAUGAGCACGCUGCUGGAAUAUGCUCAGGACGUCGCGCAGAUCGACACAGACGAAGACGACGGCGGUAACCGGAGGAGAGACUUCACCGGCUACGUGCUCGCCCUGAACGGCCACAAAAAGUACCUGUGUCUGUUCAAGCCCGUCUACACCGGGGAAGACCAUGACAGUAAGUCGUCCGAGGAUGAGGGGGGGCCAUCUGGGGGGAAGUUGAGAUCCAGCUCCCGUGACAAUCACCCAGCGCGUAAAACGAACCGCUCCCGCAGCUCCUCCACCCUGCACAUCCACCACAAACUGGACCGCCUGGGCUUGUGGAUGGAGAGGCUGAUGGAAGGUACUUUGCCUCGUUACUACAUCCCAGCCUGGCCGGGACUCGACAAGAUCACCGCAAAUAAAUAGACCAAUGAAGAAGAACUUUGUAUUGGUCUCCUGUCAGUUGAAAACAAUUUUGUCAUGAAAAUUAGGACAAAAGUUGUCUUUUUUUACUAUUUGGGACAUUUGA